CGCUUCCCUUACGCUUGAGCUGUUGCUGUCACGGGGUCCCUGCCCUUACCAGAACCACACCAUACCUUACCAUACCAUAUUCCGCUCCCAUACCAUACCCUCACAUACCGACCGUCUCAUACCCUCCACCUCACUCGCUUCUUUCCCCACCACGCCAACUUGAUCCGUCGAGUCAAGUCACACCUACGAGCGACAAGUCUGCUCUCGAUUGGUUAACUCACUCCUGCUUCCUGUCCGACCUUCGUCCACCUUAGUUGAUUCACGAUACGAACGACGUCAGCACUGGUUCUGAUUGCGGUGGCCCGUCGCAUUCACCACGAUGGCACAGCCUCCGACUUCUGGCGCGCCUCCAAUGAUCAGACCGGAGCAGAUCGAUGGCCUGCCAUACAUAGAUGCCACCGUCAAGCUACAGUAUAAGGAGGGACUGACAAAUUUGUGGAACCAAGCCAACAACAGCCCUGCAGGCAGUGAGGCGCGAGAUGGGGCGCUCGAAAAGAUUCGCACUGCGAGCGCUCGGCUCAUGAACCAGCUGGCAAACGCCAACAGGAAUCGGCCCAACUCAGGUGCUGCGCAGGCAGGACAGAUGGGGCAGCAGGGACAAAAUCGACCACCACAGCAAGGCGGUCAACCUCAGCAGAUGAAUCAGCAGCAGCCAGGACAACAGCCUGGCCAGGUGACUCAGGCGCAACUCGCAGCAGCGCGGGCGCGACAACAGCAGAGCCAAGGCGCGCAGGCAGGUAACGCAGCUGGGGGACAACGUCUUCCGCAGCUCAUGCCCAGAUCGCAAGAGGAGCUUGAUAGUGUCGUGCUGGGCAUUCCGCAAGAGCAGCAUCAGGCCUGGCGCGUUCAAGCUCAUUCGAUUUUGGCGAAACGCGAUCAGAUCAUUAACCAGGCUCGUACCGUGCAGACCAGUAUAGCGAGAUACCAACAGCAGCAGGCCAUUGUGCCGGACCAUGUGAAGAGGAAUUUCGAGGCUGCCAAAGCAGCGGUGGCCACAGUAAAUGCGAACUGGACGCAAAUGAAAGCCCGCGGCGAAGGUAGGACAGACGCUAAUCAACAAGCCCGCCCAGCGACACAGGAAGGUCCAGCGCCUUCUGCAGCACCACAGCAACCAGCCGACGCCAAGCCCACGAAUGGCUCGCCUUCUCCUACACAACCCCAAAACGGCUUCCAACAAAACCAGCAAGCAACGCCCGCGCAAGGGCAGCAACCAUCGCAACCUGUAGCUCAGCCACAAACACAGCAAAGUACAUCUCAAGCUCAACAAGGACAACAAGGACAACAGCCCCACCCACAACAAAACAACAUGCCGCCGCAACUGCAGCAGCAGCGACCUCCUCAGAUCAAUACUAGCAUUCCGAACCAAGGGCCGGCUGUUCAGCAGUCAGGCGGUCCUCAGAAUGCGAUGCCGAAUAGCGCGACACAAAAUUCCGGAAGGCCGCAAGCGUUGUCGCAUCAAGCAGCGAUGGAGUCAGCCGCGACAUAUCGCCAGACUCAGCCGCAACAACAAGGACCACAGGCGCAGCAGAUGCCCAAUGGCCUACCCUUUAGUGGUCAACCGAACAGUGGUUCACAGCAGAAUACGCCGACUUACCCGAAUCUCCAGACCACCCAGCAGAGUAGCGCCAACACCAAAUUUCCGAUUCCGAAGACUCUGCAGCUUGGUCCACAGACUCAGACACCUGUCGCGGGGCCGCCAGCUCGACCGACGUAUAACAAUUCUGGCAUGAUGCAGCAGCCGGGCAUACAGCGCCCUCCACCUUUCACUCUGGAGGGUGAAGGCGAUCGCGUGCUUAGCAAACGGAAGUUAGAUGAACUGGUGCGACAAGUCACCGGCGCUGCACCAGCUGCUUCGGACAGUGAAUCGUCGAACGUCCUCACCCCUGAAGUGGAGGAGGUCAUGCUUGAGCUUGCAGACGACUUCACGGACGACGUACUCAGUGAAGCGUGUAAGCUGGCGAAGAUGCGAUCAAACAUGACACUUGACAUUCGCGACAUUCAGAUUGUGCUGGAACGCAAGUAUGGGAUCAGAAUCCCAGGGUACAGCUUGGACGAGGCGAGGACCGUCAAGAAAUUCCAGCCCGCUGCAGCGUGGCAGAAUAAGAUGCAAGCGGUGCAGGCGGCCAAGGUCAUGGGCGGCAGGGACCCUUGAUGCACGAUGUAGCGAGCUACGGAGGAGGGCAUUGGUCAUACACUAUGUGCAGUAGGUUUUGCCGUGCGAGUUACAGAACCACCGAAUACAGGGGAAGCGUACGGGAGGACAUUGCAGCAUGAUUAUACAGCGCGGCGUCAAGGCUCGAUAUCGUGGAAGGUUGCUUUCAAGUGUAUACAUAGCAUGAAUCGAGACCAGGACUGAUACUUUUAAUGAACACAAAAUACUGAGCGUUGGUCUGGG